UGAUGACGUUGCCUCUGGAGCGGUGGAGAACUGGGGCUAGGCGUUUGAUAAUGCAAUGAAAUCGUCACUUUAAAUGCAAACUAAACCACCAGAUAAUCCAAGAUAGUGUCGCGUGAGAGCAUGUUUUUUGUUGUAACGCGUGUCUACCCGUUUGGCUUCGAGAAAACCAAGUUAGGAGGACUUCUUUCAAGGAGUUAGCUUAGCUACUCUGCCUCGCAGCUGCGGCGCUGGUUGCUUUAAAUGAUGACAGCUCGUAGCUAGACUAAAUACAGCGAAAUGUUCCUUACCGAAUACACGCUACAAGGCCUUCAGAAGACAGGACAGAGUCCCUUGAUAGAGCAGAGUGACACUGAGCUAAAUUUUCUGGUUUACAGAAGAGGGACACGAUGUUGGAGUCCUAUGUCACGCCGCUCCUGAUGAGCUAUGUGAACAAGUACAUCAAGAAUCUGAAGCCAUCUGACUUGCAGCUGUCUCUCUGGGGAGGAGAUGUAGUACUCAGCAAGUUGGACCUGAAGCUGGAUGUGCUAGAACAGGAAUUGAAGCUUCCUUUUACAUUCAUGAGUGGUCAUAUACAUGAGCUGCGUAUUCAUGUACCCUGGACCAAGCUGGGUUCCGAGCCUGUCGUCAUCACCAUCAACACCAUGGAGUGCAUCCUAAAGUUGAGGGAUGGAGACCAGGAUGACCAUGAGAGUGGUUCUAGCUCCACGAGUCGGAGUGUCUCUGAGAGUUCCAAGGCUGUCGGCAAGCCUCGCCGACUCCAGCAGGCUGCCCCUAGUGACCCAGACCUGCCCCCAGGUUAUGUGCAGAGCCUUAUCAGACGUGUGGUGAAUAAUGUGAACGUUUUGGUGAACAACUUGAUAUUGAAGUACGUUGAGGAUGACAUUGUGUUGUCAGUCAACAUUACUUCAGCAGAGUGCUACACUGUGGACGAUGUGUGGGAGAGGGCCUUCAUGGACGUCACUGCUCCAGAACUUGUUCUUCGGAAAGUGAUCAACUUUUCUGAUUGCACUGUGUGCUUGGACAAACGAAAUGCAAGUGGCAAGAUUGAGUUCUACCAAGACCCACUGCUGUACAAAUGUUCCUUCCGAACACGUCUUCAUUUUAGUUAUGACAACAUCAAUUCUAAGAUCCCCUCUGUCAUCAAAAUACAAACCAUGGUUGAUAGCCUGAAGUUGUCGAUUACGGAUCAGCAACUUCCCAUGUUUAUCCGCAUUUUACAACUCAUUAUUGCACUCUACUAUGGGGAAAUAGGAGGGCACAAAGAAGCAGAGCGAGAAGAGGCCAGCUGUCAUGUCAGAGAAGCUGGAACAAAUUUACCUGGGAUAGAUAUGGACAUGGAGAACCAAGGUCCAAGCCCGUACUCCAGUCAAGAGUUCUACAUGAACUCAGGCCUUUCUGCAGAUAAUAACCAGGGCUGGGUGUCUUGGGCUUGGUCCUUUGUUCCAGCCAUUGUGAGCUCAGAGGAGGGCGAGGAAGGUGUCUACCAGCAAAGAGAGACAGGGGGCAUCCCAAACAAUCCCCAACAACACACAGUCAAGGAUCCUGUUGUUUCAAUCGGCUUCUACUGCACCAAGGCUUCUGUAACAUUUAAGCUUACAGAAUCCCAGGCAGAGAGCAGCUACUACAGUCCUCAGAAGGUUAAGUCAAGAGAGGUAUUGGGCCUGGAACAGGAGGGAAUCACUAUUGAGGUGCUUAUGAAGGGAGAACCCUUCUUUGACUGUCAGAUUGGCUUUGUGAGCUGCCGGGCUCUCUGUCUGAAAGGCAUCAUGGGAGUGCGGGAUUUUGAAGAAAACAUGAACCGACCUGAAAAGGAUGCAGUGUUCUUCAGCUGUGGUGACAGCCUAAGCAGCAAAGGAAUGACCUACCUUACCAACUCUCUGUUUGACUACCGCAGUCCAGAGAACAAUGGCGUCAGGGCUGAGUUCAUCUUGGAUUCUGUAACUCACAAGGAGACCUACACAGAGAUAGCAGGCAUGCAGCGCUUUGGUGCUUUCUACUUGGAUUACCUCUACACAAUGGAGAACAGCAGCAGCAAAGAUUCUCAGGACUUCUCUGUGUUGAAUGUGGAAGAGGUCGUCCCAACUAGCCAAGAAGCAUCCAUCAAGACACUUGUGGUUGGACCGUUAGACAUCAAGUUGCACAGUAGUGCAGUCCAUCGUAUACUGAAAAUGGUGACCUGUGCCAUGGAUCACGAAUAUGAGCCUUACUGCAAACCACAGCAAGAAAUGGUUGAGGAGAGUUGUUGUCCAGUCACUCCAGAAGAGAUAUCAAGAUUAGAGGAAUGUAUCCCCACCAGACUCACUUGUCUCACACUCCUCCAAGUCUCAGUCACAGUUUCUAUGGCUGAAUUCAAUCUUCUUCAUAUGCUAAUGCCCGUCAUCAUCGGAUGCAAGGCUACUCCAGGACUGGUCAACAUAUCAGCAUUUCAGCCAGCGCGCCCCCUACCAUCUGUACAGUUCCAAGUGGAGAGAGUGAAUGUUGAGCAUUCUGUGCCGAUGUAUGCUCUGGAAUUGGUCAGCACUGUUAGUGCUCUCAACCAGCCUCCUGACAACCUCCUACAUCACUGCUAUGCACAUUUUUACCUGAAGGUGUUUGGGUUCCAGGCAGGCCUGACAUGCCAAGACAAUACAAGCGGGUUCCUUCCUCUCAUCCCUGUUAUUCCCUCCUUUAGUACGGCAAUUUAUGGGAAGACGAUCCAGAUGCCUGCAUACUGGAGUAAAAGGUCUUCUGUCCCCACCACAGAGUGUAUUGUGGAGCUUCCUUACUUCACUGUGCAGGCCACAAGAGCACAGACACAUCUGCUCCAAGCAAUCUGGCAAAGCUGGACACCUGGCAUUUUGAAUUGGGCACCCUCGAUAUCCAGCGAAAGCCUUAUCAAUGAGGUUUACAAAGCUCCAGGUGUGAAAUCUCGAGGCUCGUCACCGACUCUUGAGGGCUCGCUCCAAAACCUUGAGCUGAAAUUCUGCAGCCGUGCAACGGUGAAAUGCGCUUCAGGAACCGUGGGAGCUGUAAAAGUGUGUGCCAGGACCCCAGGCUCAGAAGAGGUCACAAAGGAGAGGCUGAUUCCUCUGAUCCAGGGCCCAUCCGACACCAAGGAACUUCAUAUGAGGCGAUGGCUAAAUGAGAGCCGCAAACCUGAAUCACUUUUGGCUCCUGACCUGCUGGCAUUUUCUGUGCAGGUGCCACAGCAAGGAGAUGAUUCCAGGAACUCAGGUGGAGUUCUGUUGGCCAGUGUCCAGGGUAUAUCCAUCAACGUGGACCCAAUCUUCUGCACAUGGCUGCUGCAUCAGCCUCAUAGAGGGAGCAGCAGGCAACAGCAACAGAAUCCAGGUCCAGUUCCCUUGGCAAAGCGGAGAGAGGAUGAGGUAUCGGUAGGCAGCACACCAUUGGUCCAGCAGCCCUCCAAUCAAGCUUCCGACUAUGCAAGCAGCCCCGUCAAAACCAAGACUGUCACAGAAUCUCGUCCCCUUUCCAUUCCUAUGAAGGUAAUGCCUGACACCACAGCAGUAGAGUCAUUGGCAACGUCGGAGGAACAAAUGAAAGAGCUCAUUGGCCAAGCCUGGGAUUCUGUUAAACGCCUAACUCUACAGUUGGAGCUGCAAUCAUGUUGUGUGUUCCUGCCCAAUGACAGCCUUCCAUCCCCAAGCACUAUCAUCUUUGGUGACAUUCCUGGUACAGUGCGUAGUUGGUACCACAACCAAGCAUCUAUGCCAGGAACCCUUGUGGUCUGCCUGCCCCAGAUCAGUGUCCUCAGUGCUGGGCACAAGUACAUUGAACCGGUGCAGGAGCUCCCAUUUGUGGUCUCCAAGCCCAUCCUGGAAGAAGGUGAUGCUUUCCCAUGGACAAUUAGCCUGAGUCACUUUAGUGUGUACACUCUGCUGGGGCAGCAGCGCAGUCUGAGCCUUCUCAAACCAAUGGGGUGUACCUCCACGCUGGCAGUCACGUCACAUAAGCCGCCAAACUGUUCAGAAGGAAGGCAGUCUUUUGUUGUCUGCCUUCAUGUUGAUCUGCAGCCCGUCCGAGUCACGUGCUCCAACCCUCAGGUGCAGCUGUUGUACAAGCUCCUUCUCAGCUGGUUGUCUACAUGGGCUCGUCUCCAGAAACAUGGCAUCUUACCUCAGUCUGCCAGUAACGCAGAGCACCCUGCUGGUGCUGCUCCAUCCUCUUCAGUACACAGCAGCGCUGGAACAGCUUUGCCCGAUACCAGCACCUAUAGCCCCUCUGCAGAUGUGGGAUCCCCGACUGAGGGAGAUUCAGUACCAGGAGGUGAUGAUGGUCCUUUUGCUGACACAGUGACCCUGGAGCAGAAAACUAGCAACAUCGGUGGAACUAGUGGAAAAGUCAGCCUUUGGAUGCAGUGGAUGUUACCCAAGGUUAUUGUUAAACUCUUUGCUCCUGACCCAACAGUCAUAAAAACAGAAGUCUGCGUGGUCAGUGAACUAGAAGACUUGAGCGCCUCAGUAGAUAUCCAGGAUGUAUACACUAAGAUCAAAUGUAAAGUUGGCAGUUUCAACAUUGACCACUACAGAUGCAGUACGGAGGAGGGUGUUCGGCACAACUGUGGAGGAGUGGUCCUCUCUUGCACUGACAAGCUGAACAGACGCACUGUGUUGGUUCGACCGGUCAGCAAGCAAGAUUCUUUCAGCCAAUUCUCUGGCUUUUUCCCUCCUACGGCAGCCAAGGUCUUGGAAGGCUCUCACCAACAACAUGGGUUCUUGUCCAUUACCUACACACAGGCUGUCACCAAAAAUGUUCGUCAUAAACUCACCACACGGCCUGAGCGGCCAACGCGCAGUGCUACAACAGCCGGUCAGCGAGUUACUGCUGAUCCACUAGCAGAUGGUUCACCUCAGUACCUGAGAGAAAUCCUGCUGACAGCUCAGCCCUUUGAUGUUGUGCUGUCCUGUCCUUUGUUAACUACUGUAGCUGGAAUAUUUCAGACGACAGUACCAAGAUGUUACAAAGACCGUGGAAAGUCAGCAGGCCAGCCAAUGAGGAGCCACACCUUGACCUCUCGGUGUUUGCCUCUCAUCUACCUCAACACUAAUCUGAUCAGGGUUUUCUGCCCUCGAGCACCUGACAAAACUACCACACCAGAUCUCCAUGCAAAGAAAGAAGAUACCUUAGUACUUAAGUUGGGUUCCCUUAGCAUGGCACCUCAGGCUGAUAACCACCUUACCCGCACAGUGCUACGCAAAGACCUCUACCAACAUGCAUUAAACCUUGGUAUCCUGCGUGACCCAGGUUCAGAGGUUGAGGAUCGUCAGUAUCAGGUCGACCUUCAGUCCAUCAACAUUGGCACUGCUCAAUGGGAGCAACUCAAGCCAGAGAAGGAGGGAAUAAAAGGAGGUGUAUCCUCCGACGUUGAGAGGAACUCCCAGAACCCGGCCCUGGAAUGGAACAUGGCCAGCAGUAUCAGGAGGCACCAGGAGCGUCGGGCCAUCCUGACACCCAUUGUGACUGACUUCUCUGUCCGAGUGACUGCUGCCCCCGCCAUCAUCUUCAGCAAGAAUCUCUCCCUUGAUACUGGACAAGCAGAGGACUUUGUGGUGUGUGGCCAUUCUCUUGAAGUGAAUGUGACCAGCAGUCUGGAUUUUUACCUCAGCGUUGCGCAGGUGCACCUCCUUCAACAGCUUCUCAGAGACAACAUCAGGGGCAUGGACACUCCUGUGCAAGGCACUGAGAUCCGUAAACACGAGCAGAAGCAGAGCAGUCGAGGCUCGUUGACAGGCAUCGACAGUUCAUCUCGUCACAGUGGGAACGGGCAGGACAGCGGCUUCGGCAGCGAUAGCGCUCACAUCCGAAUUGUCCAGAUUGAGCAGCAGAGUGGAACCAGUCACCACUGCAUAGCCAGGCCCUCCCAUAAGUCCACCAUUACCAAAAACCUCAACUUUAUCCCCUUUGACAUCUUUCUGACUGCUAGUAGGCUGUCUGUCAUGGCCUAUGAAUGUUCUAAUCCCCCACAGGCCCCCACUUCAUUAGACAGCACACAGGAUAGGAAAGAGCCCAUUGAAAAGGUAGGAAAGAGUGCUCUCAACCAGCCUGAAAUCCUGUCUGAGUCUCCUCCAGCCUCGACCUUUGCGUCUCCGGACCCUGCUGCCCAGGUUACCCUGACAGACCUGACUGCUGAAGACAUCCUCAACAGCAAUAGCUCCAAGCCCGUCUCCCCUAUGCUGAGGGGCAGUCUGCUCUCCCUCAACUCCCUGUCAACCCCCAGCCGCUCCUCAGCACGCCACGCGCUGGGGGUGACAAUUGUAAGGCAGCCCGGAAGAAGGGGGGCUGCUGACCAGGUACUGGAACCGCUGCUCUACCUGCAGGUGAUCCAACCUUCUGCUCUUCUCAGCUGCCACCACCGCAAACAAAGGAUGGAGGUCUCUGUGUUUGAUGUGGCCUUAAGAGGAGUGGCUUCAGACUACAAGUGCCAAGACCAAGGGAAGACCUUGCCCGAGUCUCUGGAUUAUAAUGUGUGCUGGCUCCAGACAGCAGCAGGUGAGGUGGACAGCGAGACAGGCAUUCCGCCGCCUCUGCUAUGCCUUCAAAUUAAAGACUUCCUCAAUGGACCCGCUGAACUGAAUUUACAGUUCUCUCGCCCCUUGAAAAUCAACCCAACACUGGUCAAACUGGAGCAGGCCAAAGCCUACCUGAAGAAAAUCUUGCCAAACCACACUUGGAUCACCUCCUCUUCCCCUCAUCCAUCCCCUGCAAAGAUGCCAACAAGGGCCUUUUCCCCACCUCAUCAAAGUCAAGGCCUGUGGAAAGCCAGCAGCAUCGGUGCUUUGGCUUUGUCCUUCCACAAAGUCUUUCUCCACACUACACAGAUUGUGGUUGUCCUGGAGACGGAGGCCCAUCCAAUGAGGCCCAGCGUGACUGUGUCUGUGUCUUCUCUGAUGGGAAGUCUCAACUUGAAGUCAGACCCAAGCAUCGAGGAUGCAGUGCAAUCUGCUUCUGUGCAGCUGGAGCUACAAGAUGUGCUGAUGAGAACAGGGCUGAAAGACAGAAGCCAUCUCCUACUGGGGCCAUUUUCUUGCAGCAGCUCACUGGAGGCGAGGUGGUGUCGGCACAGUGGUAGUCCUGGACCUGAGCCUGGUCCCCCUAAACUGCUGCUGGACCUGAAAGGAGGCCUGUUGCAGGUGUUCUGGGGACAAGAACAUCUAAAUUGCCUGAAGCUAGUGGAGGAGCACCUGCAAGCAUAUCACUCUGCACAGAAAGGGGACUCGGAGGAAAACUGCUCUAAAGCCAAGACUUUUCUGGCCCAGCCACCGCCCUCCCCAGGCUCCCCCUGUUCUGGCUCAGAACACAGCUCUGACGACCUGCGAACGGGGAACUUUCAGUACAUCCAGGACUCAGCUUCCCAAAGAUGGCCAGGACCACAUGAGGUUGUGUUCUACGGUGAGACAGAGGAUAGCCCAGGACUAAUGCUGUGGAGGUAUCCUGAACCUCGUGUGCUAACCUUCAUCAGGAUAACUCCAGUCCCUUUCAACACCAUAGAGGACCCGGAAAUCAGUAUGGCUGACCUAGGGGACACCUUACAGGUACCAUGCAGCCUAGAGUACUGGGAUGAGCUCCAGCAGACCUUUGUUCCAUAUCGGGACUUUAGUCUGUCUGAGAGCCGCACCUGCCAGCUGCAGCUUCCCAGCCUGAGCCUCGCUGAUCAGCAGAAGGAGUUGGUGGCCUCAGACGUGUGGAGGAUUGUCCUCAAUAAUAACAGUGAGGCAGGAGAUGAGCAGAGUUCAGAUAGUGAAACUGGAUCUCAACUACCAUGCGAUCAGUUGGUAUCUCCCAUGGCCCUGGCAGCAUGCACCCGUGUGGACUCCUGCUUUGCACCUUGGUUUGUCCCCUCCUUGGGUGUGUCCCUGCAGCUAGCACAGAUGCAAGUUCACCUCUGCCACCAUCUAGAACAACUGGGAACAGUUCCAUCUCAAAAACUUCGACCCUUCCUGCCAGACAGGAAGAUACCUCAGAAACAAGAAUUCAUGGUUGUUGGUGCUUGGGAACCACAGAUCUUCUUGCGUCAGUGGACCAGUGGACCAAGACGUUGUCAGGAGUUCAACUUUUCCACCCAGUUAGACUGCAAGCUUCUGGAGUAUCGAAACUUAACACACCUGCAAGUUCUGCAGCCCUGUGUAAUACAGGGCCAGGCUACAGCCACAUCUUGUCUCCAAAGCAGUGUGUUGCAUGCAAACUUCUUUAUGGAACCUAUGUUUGCCACAGUCAGUCAGUAUGCCAUCCACACAUUGGACACUGCCCUGCAAAGCUGGCAACAGAAUGGAAACCCAGAGGCUGAGGAACUAGUUUACAGCCAUUAUGUCAUCUGCAAUGAUACCCAUGAGACUCUGCGCUUUGGCCAGGUGGACACCGAUGAGAACGUGCUGUUGGCAAGCCUCCACAGCCACCAGUACAGCUGGAGAUCCCACAAAUCUCCCCAGCUGCUCCACAUCUGCAUAGAAGGUUGGGGUAACUGGCGCUGGUCUGAGGCUUUCAGUGUGGACAAUGUGGGGACCCUGCUCAGGACCAUUGAGUACAAAGGCCGCACAGCCUCACUCAUCAUCAAGGUUGUGCAGCUUAACGGUGUCCAGAAACAGGUGAUAAUCUGUGGGCGGCAGGUCAUGUGCAGUUAUCUGACUGAGGACAUUGAACUGCGGUUGGUGCAGCACUAUGUUGGCCCUGAUGCUCAGACAGUGGUCAGAGAACACUGUGACUGCCUGGAGGCAGGGACAAAGUUGCCUUCCUAUAUUCUGGAAGAUGCUGAGCUGACAGAGUUGUGUGUACGGGCCAGAGGAGAUGAUGACUGGUCCCAGGAUGUGCAGCUAGAGCGGAAGGACAAAGGCACCAGCAGCUCUGUUGUACAGGUGCCAUGUUCUGGUGGUUCUUUGCUCUUUGUGUGGUGUAAUCUCAUCACUAUAGAGCCAGAUUCCCAUAUGAAGCAAAGAGUGGUUGUUUUUAGUCCACUGUUUGUCAUGAGGAGCCACUUGCCAGACCCGGUAAUCAUCCACAUAGAGAAGAGAAGCCUUGGACUGAGGGAAAGCCAGCUGGUUCCAGGACAGGGCCACCAAGAGCCCCUGUUCAACACUGAAGCAGACCUCACGCAUCACCUCACUUUUCAGGCCAGUGAGGAUAAGGACGCUUCCCACUGUGCUGUGCCCAUCUCCACAAGCCUCAUCAAACAGAUACUGGAUAAGAAUGGAGUUGAGGACAACCUGGAAAACAUCCUGUGUGAUUUCUAUGGACAAAAGGCCUCCGCUGAGCCUCCAUGGCCUUACAGCUCCAAAGAUGCUGCCAGGUCAGUGCCGGAGCCCCUUGCCCAGUGGGACAGUCCCAUGCAGGUAAAGUUAUCGUGCUGGAAAUUGGGCCUCAGCACCCUGCUGGUGGAGCUGCUGCCCUGGGCCCUGUUAGCUAAUCACUCCCAGUGGGAUCUGUGGCUUUUUGAGGGAGAGACCAUUGUGCUGCAGAUUCCAGCCGGCAAGGUCAUCGUACCACCCAACUUCAAGGAAGCUUUCCAAAUUGGCAUCUAUUGGGCUCAAACAAACACUGUCCACAAGUCUACAGCCAUGAAACUUGUUCAUGAUCUCACCUCCCCUCGAUGGAAAGAGGGCACCGAUUCUGAGGUGGUAACCUUGGAUGAGGAAGGAUAUGUAGAGGCAAACAUCACCCUGGGAGCCGUCCCUGGAAGACAGAAGCUGUGUCAGUUCUGUGUGUCAUCUACGGUAAAACAUGGCAUCCAGAUUCUCCAGAUAGCGGACAGAACGAUCCUUGUCAACAGCACUCCUUACACAAUACACUACAGGCCUCUGCUCACUGACCACAAGCUGGGAAAUGAUAACCAGGCCUGUGACAUACCGGAGACUACAGUAUUCAACCUGGCUCCGUCUGAAGCAGCGUCUCAGACCAAACCCUACUCUUUGCCAUGCUGGGAUCGUCUUCAAACCAGCGCCCAGGAAAAAGUGGAGUUUCCCUUGGCAGUGAAAUGCAUGCUUUUCAGCUCAUUAUCAAGGCCUGAUGCCAGACAUGGGUCUACAGCAUGGAGCCUCCCCACUCUCAUCCGACCAGACUUCCUCAGGCAGAGUGUGUCGGUUCCUGGUGAAACAAACUCUUGGGGUGGCCCGAGCAGCAGAGCCAUAGUCUUGACAUACCAGGAGCAUCUUGGAGUGACGUACAUUACACUAAAUGAGGAUCCUUGCCCUCCCAUGCUGGUGCACAACAAAUGUCCUUUCCAGCUUGUGCUUAAGGAGAACGUAACAGAAACUCCAAGGACCGAGGUGUACUGUUGUCCACUUGCUGCAAAUAGCUCAGUGCACCAUGAGCUCUACUAUCACUUUUCUAGUUUCCCCGACUGCAGGCAGAGAGAAGCACUGCCCACGCUGUUGUUAAAAACCGCAGCAAAUGUUGGCAGCACAGACUGGACUGACCCUAUUGACAUCAAUAGCCCUGGCACUCAGGUGGUAUUCCUGCCAGGUUUUGGUUGUCUCUACAUCGAUGUGGGGUAUGAGAGAGGAACCUUGGUUCUGUCUCUGUCACCAGAGGGCGGUGCAGAUUGCGUAAUCAACCAACACAGCAGGUCUACCAAGCUGUCCCUAACUGUCCUUCUGAGUGAGGCCAGCGUAGUGUUGAGUGAUGACAUCACCAACCCCUCAGGUUCUGUGGAGCUGCUAAGACUCACACUGACCAACCUCUUCCUCAGACUGGCCCCAACAUCCACGUGCCUACCCCCCGAGGUCACCCUCGAGCCUGGAGCAGCUACAGCGUCCAUUUAUACUCUGAUGCCUGACGCCUUUCUGAUCGAGGUUUACUGCUUGUGCCUGCAAGUGGAUAACCAGCUAUACAACCGUGCAAGCUUCCACUUCCCCGUGCUGCUGUGCCAGGAGCAGAGAGGAGGUGCCGAGCUCGGGGAUCAGUGGAGUAACCACGACGUUCCCACUGAGACUCCUGAAAUGCUGGAGGAGUUUAAACGUUCUUGUUUCCUUCAGCUGAGGCUAAUCCUGUCUGCGGAUGGAUGCACCCUAGACGAGGUUAACUUCCAGGUCCAGCCUGCUAGAAUAUACCUUGAAGACACAUUUGUUUACUAUGUCAAAACCUUGUUCCACACUUUCGUCCCUGGCUCCACCUUUGCCUCAGUGAAGCCUCAGAAGUGUAAAGAGUCUGGAUCAGCCUCCACCGUCCCUGAACAGGUACUUCAGUCAAUACAGGCACUGGUCCGGCCUGUGCGUCUGCAGAGGCUAACUAUUCAGCCAGUCAACCUGCUGGUCAGCAUCCAUGCAUCCCUCAAGCUCUACAUUGCUUCAGACCACACUCCUCUAGCCUUCUCCCUGUUUGAGAGGGGGCCGCUCUGCACUACAGCCAGACAGCUGGUUCACGCUCUGGCUAUGCAUUAUGCUGCUGGGGCCCUCUUCAGAGCCGGCUGGGUUGUGGGCUCUUUGGAGAUCCUGGGCAGUCCUGCCAGCCUGGUGCGCAGCAUCGGUAAUGGCGUGUCCGAUUUCUUCCGCUUGCCAUAUGAAGGUCUGACACGUGGACCUGGUGCCUUUGUCAGUGGCGUCUCCAGGGGUACCACGUCUUUCGUCAAGCACAUCUCAAAAGGCACCCUGACGUCCAUCACCAACUUAGCAACCAGCCUAGCCCGAAACAUGGACCGUCUGUCUCUGGAUGAGGAGCACUACACCAGGCAGGAGGAGUGGAGACGGCAGCUACCAGAGAGUCUGGGGGACGGACUCAGGCAGGGGCUGUCACGACUUGGGAUUAGUUUGUUAGGAGCAAUAGCGGGCAUCGUGGACCAGCCCAUGCAGAAUUUCCAAAGGAACUGGGAGAUGCAGAGCACAGCUGGUAGCAAAGCCAAAGGCGUCAUCUCUGGCAUGGGGAAAGGAAUUGUGGGGGUUUUCACUAAGCCCAUUGGAGGAGCAGCUGAACUGGUAUCCCAAACUGGAUAUGGGAUCCUCCAUGGAGCAGGACUGUGGCAGCUUCCUAAACAACUUUACCUGCCAACAGAGGAGAAAUCCGCUGAAGCCCCCAACAGCCACCUUAAAUAUGUUUGGAAAAUGCUCCAGUCUUUAGGGCGACCGGAGCUGCACAUGGCCUUAGAGGUGACUAUUGUGAGUGGGUCUGGCCACGAGCAUGCUGGGUGUCUGCUGCUUACCUCGGAGGUCCUCUUUGUGGUCAGCCUCAGUGAGGACACACAGCAGCAGGCCUUCCCCAUCACGGAGGUCGAGUGUCAGCAGGAGGCGGGGCAGCAGGGGCAGCUCACUCUCACGCUGCAGCAGCAGACAUUAGCCAGUGACACAGAGGGUGAAGGUGUGCGAGAGCGUCUAUCCGAGCAGCAGUAUCAGCGCCUGGUGCAGUAUGUGAAGCGGGCCUCCCACUAUUUCCCUCCCUCUGCUUCAUCACUGCAGCUGCAGCCUCCAGUGACGCUCGCUGAGCCGCCGCCCUCUGUCACCAAGUCAUACCGCUAUCUGGUUGAUCCCGCGUUUGCCAAGGUGUUUGUCAGCAAGUUCACCAUGGUGAAGGAUAAAGCCUUACGGAUCGGAUUCCACUGACAUUGAUCAGCUGCACUUUUCCACCUACCCAUUUAUGCAAAAUACACUACAUUGUCAAAAGUAUUCACUCACCUGCCUUGAAUCAUAUAUGAUCUGAAGUGGCAUCCCCUUCUUAAUCAAUAGGUUUAUAUAUGAUGUCGGUCCACUCUUUAACAGCUUUAAUUCUUCUGAAAAGGCUUUCCACAAGGUUUAGGACUGUGUUUGUGGGAAUCUUUUUUUACCAUGCUUCCAGAAGUGUAUUUGUGAGGUCACACACUGAUGUUAACUACGCGCUAAUUCAUCCCAAAGGUGUUCUAUCAGGUCGAAGUCAGGACUCUGUUCAGGCCAGUCAAGUUCAUCCACACCAAACUCUCUCAUCCAGGUUUUUAUGGGCCUUGCUUUGUGCACAGCCAUGUUAGAAAUGGAAGAACUAUUCCUCCAAAGUUGGGAGCAUGGAAUUGUCCAAAAGGUUGACUCCUUUGUUCCAGUGAAAGCAACUCUGAAGGAUUCAGCAUACCAAGAGCUUUUUGGACAACUCAUUGCUCCCAAGUUUGUGGAUGGCAUCUUCCUGUUCCAACAUGACUGUGCACAAAGCCAUGAAUGAGAGACCCUGGCGUGGAUGAACUUGACUGGCACAAACCGGACAGAACAUCUUUGGGAUGAAUUACAGUGCAGACUGAGAUCCAGGCCUUCUCGUCCAACAUCACUGUGUGACCUCACAAAUGCGCUUCUGGAAGAAGGGUCAAAAAUUACCUACAUAUACUCCUGAACCUUAUGGAAAGCCUUUUCAGAAGAGUUAAAGAUGUUAUAGCUAUUAAAGGUGGACUGAUGCCAUCUUAAACCCUAUUGAUUAAGAAGAUCUUCAGAUCAUACAUGAGGCAAGGCAGGUGAGCAAAUACUUUUGGCAAUAUAGUGUAUAUCCAAUAGGAGCACUUUGUUUUAUAUGAGUCAAGCAUGUGUGCAAAUACACCUGAAAAAAUUGCCUUUACUGCGAUUGGCUGGCGACCAGUUCAGGGUGUACUCUCGCCCGACGAUAGCUGGGAUAGGCUCCAGCACGCCCGCGACCCUGUUGAGGAUAAGCGGUACAGAAAAUGGAUAGAUGGAAAAAUUGCCUUUAUACAUCUUUUUUAAACACAAGAGCUGGAAGCAGCGCUCAGAAUCUGUUUUUAUUCAUAGGUGCAAAACAGUUGAACUUGAAGACUGCGCAAAGACAAAGUACAUGGUAUAUACAGUCCAUAAAGAGCAACAAGCAUUCUUGUCAGCUAGAAUAUUGAAUGAAGUCACAAACACCAGCUGCCAACCAAUUGAUGUUAUAAUAUGAUGUAACGCUGUACACUGAUGCCCAACCCUUAUGUUUUUGCCUUUUAUAGUGUCAUUGCACAACUGGGCUCUGUCUAAGGUUUCAGUACUAGGCCUUUAAAAUUAUAUUUAGAGAACCUUUAUAAUAAAAAAAUAAAUAUU